CAGCAAAUCCGGACUAUAACGCUUUAUCCCGGCCUAUGGGACGAAACUCCGUGUUGCGACAUCGGCCUAGCUCUUCUGGAUCAAUCCCCAAAGUACAAAGCGCUAUCAUACGUGUGGGGCUCUGCAAAGGUUCUCAGGCCCAUCAGCCUGGAUGGCAGAGAGUAUUUUGUCACAGCCAACCUCGCAUACGCCCUCCGCCGACUGAGACAGAGACAUAGCCCUAGACCUGUCACACUCUGGAUAGAUGCCUUGUGUAUCAAUCAGUCUGACAAUACGGAGAGAAGUUGUCAGGUCAGUCUCAUGCGUGACAUAUACAUGGGCGCCGAAGAGGCUUAUGUUUACAUUGGG